AUCCAGGCUGCGGCCAGCCUGCUGCUCGAGAGCAAGAUGUUCUAUGUGCCCUUCGUGCUCAACUCGGCGAGCAUAAGGUAGCAGAUGCUUGAGCACGGACUGCUGCCCACCGCCAACCAUCAGUCGGCGCCACCACCUGGUCCUGAUCCCAUCCCGGAGCGGCAGCAGCAGCAGCAACAGGAGCGGCGUCGAAGCAGGCAGCAGCAGCACCAGUUGCUGCGCAACCUGCCCAAGAUCAAGAUCGAGAUCGGUACCCAGCGAGAUCCGGAGGAAGAGGAGUCGGAGCAAGAGCAAGAGCAAGAGCAGGAACCGGAGCAAGAGCAGGAAAAGCAGUUCCGACCCUCAGCCGCAUCCACGUCCAUUUUGAAGACUUCACUGCUGAGCGGAGCGGCGGCCACGUUGGCUACCUUGACGGCGGCAGCCGAGCAAAUAGCCCGAUCCUCGGCCAGCUGCGACACUGCCAGGGAUUACUCCCAAAGCAGCAACAGCAGCAGCAAUAGCAACGCUGCCACAGGAGCAACAGGAACUAUGGCCAGCGGCAGGACAGGCAGCAGCAACAGUUUAGAAGAGAGCAAAAGACUUGAGCAUCAACAACAACAACAACAACAGCAGCAACCACAACAGCAUCAGCAGCAACAAUAUACAUCAAUACUACACACGGCCUUAAUGUCACAGCGUUCCAUGCCACCAGCGACAUCAGCUACAUUAGCAGCAGCGGCGGGCACAUCGACGCCGACGACGGCAGCAACAACAUCGCCUACGCCUGCGCAUGUGCUGAAAACAGCGGUGACCUUAGCCAGUCUAAGUGAGAUAGCCACAGCACGUCAGCAGCAGCAGGAGCAGCAGCAGCAACAGCAGCAGCAGCAGCAAUUGCUGGCGAUGCAACAGCAACAGCAACAGCUAACGAAACUGCCCAGAAGGAUAAUCAACUUUGGCAGCAACCACACUGCCAACACUGCCACCAAAGGAUUGGGAACGGAAGCAGAAGCAGGAGCAGGAGCAGGAGUGGGCAUGGCCGCAGCAACGGCAACAGCAUCAGUUGGACGCAAUCGCCAACUGGGCCUGAGUCAGGGUCAAGUGGUGAAUGUCAGGACAGCACGCCUGCUCAACGGCAACUGUUGCGGCCGAUUGCAGGCGACAGCAGGAACAGGGGCCAGCAGGGGCACCAACACUGCCGGCAGCAACACGGUCAACAUGCAGACCCAGACCGACGAUGAGUUGCUGCCGCUGUUAGCCAUGCUCCCACAAGACGCUCCCACAACAACAGGAGCAGCAGCAGGAGCAGCAGUAUCAUUAUCAUUAUCAGCCACAGCCACAUCUUCAUCAUCAUCAUCGACGAUUUCAUUAGCAACACGUGCAGCAGCAGCAAUGCAGCAGCAGCAACAAUGGACUGCCGUGUCGACGACGCCAGCAAUAGGAGUGAUGAUGACGACGACGACGACACAAUCACAAUCACGAGCAACAUUAGCACCACAACAACAGCAACUAUCACUGCCACAACAAAAGCAACAAUUUAAUACGAGAAUCAACAGAAAAACCACAAUUACAACAGCCACCACAACAGCACCAACAGCAACAACAACAACAACACGAAACAGCAACAUCAACUUCAACAGCAAAAAUAACUAUAUGAAUAACAAUAAUAUAAACGCCGCCACUGCCAGAGCCUCUGCCUUCGCCUCCGCCUCUGCCAUGGCCACGGCCACGCCCACAGCCACGCCCACUGUCACGGGCACGCGCCAGCGACCGGCCCCGCAACCGCCCCCGCCCCCGCGCACGCCCACAGCCACCUCAGCUUCUGUUACUGUAGUUGUGUUCAAAACAAUGUUACCUGAUGACUGAAUUAUUUUAGAAUCGUACACAUAGAGCAUGUUUUAUUAUGAUUACCACUAUGAUUACCACUUACGAUUUACGAUUACGAUUAUGAUUACGAUUAUGAGUAUGUCUGGAUAUCAUUACCUAUUAACUAUUCAUUAGUUAUGGAUUAUCGAUUAUUACUAUUUUUACUAUUACUAUUGCUACAUGCAUAAUGUAGAGCCUAAUUGAUCUAUCGUGUAUUUUAGUUUGUCUAAUUGUUGGAUCCCUGUACUAUAUCCCACACACAUACACACACUCUCACCCAUAUUUGAUCCUCACCCCCAAACAAUCCAUACACACACACUCAUACACACACACACACAAUGCCGUUACUAAGGAAGGGUAUACGCAUAUGCGAAGUUGAAACAUUUUAAUCAUGUAAUUUUUUUUUUGUGUUUUUGCUGAACGGAGAUGAAAGUUAAGGAGGUCGAGCAACAGCAAUUCGAAGUGUUAAUUGAGUAGGAUUAUGAGUACGUAGCGAGUAUGUAACGAGUAUGUAAUGACUAAGUAAAGUUUACGUAGACACAAUGCCACACACAGCUAUAGCAAGCAUUAAGGAUGCGUGCAUAUGUCAGUUAUCUAUUUUUUUUUAAACUAAAAUCUAUAUAAAGUAACGAGAGAGGAAGGAAGAGCGAAGCAGGGCGGGAGAUUCAACCACAUAAAGUAUAAAUAGUAGAGCUUGAGCCAAGUAGCUAGUUUAGAGUACAUCCGUUUUGGGGCAGGGAAGUAGAGCAAUUUGUUGACGAGACGGGGUGGUGGGGUGAGCGGUAACGAAAAUCGGUAACGGAAGUGGAGACAAAGCGGAACCGGAAACGGAAGCUGGACUGCCAGAUCGGAAUCACACAUCAACCAUUAUGACAACUUCGCUCGCAACUCUUGCAGAAUUAUACUGUUAGAUCCUGUUAGUUAUCGAACCCAAAACUCCCAACCCACACACACUAUACCUAAGUUAAGAACGCAUAAUCACAUACUACACAUAAAUUACGCAUAGUACAUACAAAAAAGAGGAUGAGAAAAUGAGAAAAAACAAAGAUAAGGAAGAUAAGAAAGAAAGAAAGAAACGAAAGGACUUUUCUUUUGUAAGCUCGAUUGCGCAAUUGUAUAUCGUAAUCGUGUUGUCUUCGCAACCCCAAACGCCCCAUGGCGGUAUUGAUGCCCGGAUUGUUAUCGAUAUCGUCGUACUACGUUUUAUUUUGUAAAUGUAUUAAUUUUGUUGAUUUUUUUGCUGUCUGUACACAUUUUUUUUAACAACAUUUUUGAAUAAAUGUAAUUCUUGAAUAUGC